GCAGCAGUGAGUGUUAUUGAGGGACAGAGCAGAGGAGACGAGAGGGAGCUAGUUCACUUCUCACCGUCUUUACCGUUUAACGGUUCACUCUUCCCCCCGUGCUGCUUUACACAACUCCCGGUUUAUUAGUCGGUAAUUCUGUGGAUUCGUAUCGGUUAUGUCGGAGUUAUGGGACGCGGUGCGUUGCAGGAAAGAAAGGAGGCUUUAAAUCUCACCGUCCGCUGUGUUUCUGUCCGCCGCGCGCGGUGACGCGAUAUUCCGGUUCUCAUCGUCACAUACUGAUCUGUUUCUCUGGAUUUUUCUCUACCGACUGGGAACUUUAACUCCAUUUUUGAGGGUUGUUUUGGGCUUGUUUUUUUUUGGAGGAAAUGGAGGUUGUUAUGGAGAAAGAGUGCAGUGCCCUAGGAGGGCUCUUUCAGGCCAUCAUUAAUGACAUGAAGAGCAGUUACCCCGUCUGGGACGACUUCAUCAGUAAAGCGGGGAAACUGCAGGCUCAGCUGAGGACGACGGUGAUGGCCAUGGCCGCCUUCUUGGACGCCUUUCAGAAAGUAGCCGACUUGGCCACCGGGACACGAGGAGGCACCAGAGACAUCGGCUCGGCCCUGACCAGGAUGUGUAUGAGGCACAGGAGCAUCGAGGCCAAGCUGAAGCAGUUCUCCACGACGUUUAUCGACUGCCUCAUUAACCCUCUUCAGGAGCAGCUGGAGGAGUGGAAGAAAGGCGCAAACACACUGGACAAGGACCAUGCCAAAGAGUAUAAAAAAGCUCGGCAGGAGAUUAAGAAGAAAUCCUCAGACACGCUGAAACUGCAGAAGAAAGCUAAGAAAGGGAGAGGAGACAUCCAGCCCCAGCUGCACAGCGCCGUCCAGGAUGUGACGGACAAAUACCUGCUGCUGGAGGAGACGGAGAAGCAGGCGGUGAGGAAGGCGCUGAUCGAGGAGCGAGCUCGCUUCUGCAUCUUCGUGUCCAUGCUGCGGCCCGUCGUGGAUGAGGAGGUGGCCAUGCUGGGUGAGAUCGUCCAUCUUCAGACCAUCGCAGAGGACCUCAAAGUUUUGACCGUGGACCCCCACAAACUCCCCCCCGCCAGCGAACAGAUCAUCCACGACUUAAAGGGUUCGGAUUACAGCUGGUCCUACCAAACGCCUCCGUCGUCUCCGAGCACCACCAUGUCCAGGAAGUCCAGCAUGUGCAGCAGUCUGAACAGUGUGAACAGCAGCGACUCGCGCUCCAGUGGCUCACUGUCUCAUUCGUCCUCCCCGCUCUAUCGCUACCGCAGCAUCACCGUGCCGCAGCAGGUCCCCGCCCGCCUCGCCAGCGUGUCCUCACAUGACUCGGGCUUCGCCUCGCACGACGCUUUCCAGUCCAAGUCGCCAUCACCCAUGCCCUCCGACCCCACCUCUCAGCUUCCUUCCGGCUCCGCUUCGUCGGACUCCUCUGAAUCGGCUCAGUCGUUCAGCGAGUGCAGCUCUCCCACUGAAAAGUUGUCAAACGGCUAUGAUCACUACGGCCCUGCAGAGGCCUCGUACCCGCCCGGAGUGGCCUUCCCCUUCCCUCCAAAUCCCUCCUCCUCUUCCUCUUCCUCUUCCUCCACUCCGAGGUCGUGGUCGAGGCCGGGCUCAGCGCUGAUGCCCGAUUACCCCCAUUACUCCACGCUGACCCCCGGCAUGCUCCCCCCAUCCUCCAAGAUCCCCAGCUGGAAGGACUGGGCUAAACCGGGCCCGUACGAUCAGCCCAUGGUGAACACGCUGAGGAGGAGGAAGGAGCCGAAGGAGGCGGUGGACUCGAACGGCGCGUACCAGCCGACGUUAAACUCCACACAACCUGAGGACCUUCAUCAGAAAACCAGGACCAUCGCUAACUCGCCAAACGAGGUGGAGGUUCAGCAGGAUUUGGCUCUGGCGCUCUCUCGUGGUCUGCAGUUGGAAGCUCAGUGCUCCAGCAGAGACUCGCUCCAGUGUUCCAGUGGAUACAGCACUCAGAGUACCACACCCUGCUGCUCCGAGGACACCAUCCCCUCUCAGGGUGAGGGUGUGUGGGGGUGUCAGAGAGAGACCAGAAUCGAGGGAGGGAAGAAGAUAGAGAUAGAAGAAGAGAGGGAAAAAACAAUGUCCGAUUACGAUUAUUUCUCCGAGCAGCAGGACUUUGAUAAAUCCUCCACCGUCCCGCGUAACAGCGACCUCGGCCAGAGUUACCGCAAACUGUUCCAGGCCAAACGUCCCGCCUCCACCGCCGGCAUCCCUUCUGUCCCGGGCGUGGCCACCAUCCGCCGCACCCCCUCCACCAAACCCUCGGUGCGCAGGGGCACCGGCCCCUUCGCGAUCCAAACCCCGGUCAUCCCCGUCAUGACCCCUACCGUGCCUGACUUCACGGGGGUGGAGCCUAACGAGGAGGCGGAACCCGGCGACGACGCCGAGCCGGAACCCAUCCUGCCGGUGCAGUCAUGGAGCGGUCAGGCGUCCACUAACCCACCCCUGCACGCCACCUACGAAGAGCACGAGGGCGUCGUGGAGGAGGGAGACACCAUGCUGCAGUCCAUCCGGAGAGGAGUCCGACUGAAGAAGACCUCCACCAACGAUCGCUCGGCACCUCGCAUCCCAUAAUACUCCAGCAAUCAGAUUUAUUAUGAACAUUUACUAUGGUAACAGGGGGGGUUAGUGCGCUACAUUACGAUAAGACUCAGCUAACAUGGAAGAGACCGUCUCUCCUGUCGUUAAUUUAUUUUACUCUCGUAACAUUCUCUUCUGCCGUAUUUUCCGGACUAUACGCUGCCGAAAUUCUGUAUUCUUAUUAAAUAUUAAAUAAGUCGCAUUCACGUAGCAGCUCUUUCUAUUUUAAAUCGUUCGCUUCAGCGCCCCCUACAGGUGCAGUGCAGUUCCGUGUUUGUCCUGUGUCAUUCGCGUUAUUAUUAUACGGAACUUUUGUUUGUUGUUAACAGUAGCGCUAAUUGCGUAACGCUAGCUAUGUGAUGAGACCGUUACGAUUGAUGUCAUCGUUUCCGCUCGUUGCAAAUAAUCACUAAUUAGAUGAAGAGAUAAACGAUUAGGUUACGAUUUUUAGUUUCUUCCUGGUGUCGUUUUCAUUUAACAAAAA